CCAGCCUUCCAGGACCCCCCUCUUCUGCCUCGGUUACAGCUGCUGCGCUCAUUGCUUGAUAGCUUGUCGGCGUGGUGCUAAGCUGGCGGGGAUCUCCUCUGUCCAGUACCUCGGACCAAUCCGCAUCCUACCCUACCGGGGCUUGUCCAGGUGGGCUGCCCGCGUUCUUUCUCCUGACGCCCUGUCUCAUUCCUCCUUUCUCAUUCAGCCAACCUAAGCCUCGGGGUCGCCGCUGUCCUCGCUCUGCUGCGGGCGAAGGAGACCAGCAUGGAGGAGGAGGAGUGCAGGGUCCUGUCCAUCCAGAGUCACGUCGUCCGAGGCUAUGUGGGCAACCGAGCGGCUACUUUUCCUCUGCAAGUUUUGGGAUUCGAAAUCGACACAGUGAAUUCGGUCCAGUUUUCAAAUCAUACAGGUUAUCCAUACUGGAAAGGUCAGGUGUUAAAUUCAAAUGAACUCCAUGAACUGUAUGAAGGUCUUAAACUGAACAACGUAAAUAAGUAUGACUAUGUUCUCACAGGUUACACAAGAGAUAAAUCAUUCCUUGGAAUGGUAGUCGACAUCAUCCGAGAGCUGAAGCAACAGAACUCCAACUUGGUGUAUGUAUGUGAUCCAGUGAUGGGUGACAAAUGGAAUGGAGAAGGCUCCAUGUAUGUUCCAGCAGAUCUCCUUCCAGUUUACAAGGAAAAAGUCGUGCCUGUAGCAGAUAUCAUAACUCCGAAUCAGUUUGAGGCUGAGUUACUCACUGGAAAAAAGAUUUAUACACAAGAAGAAGCAUUAGAGGUAAUGGAUAUACUUCAUUCUAUGGGACCAGAGACUGUAGUUAUCACCAGUUCCGACUUGCCAGCUUCUUCAGGCAACAACUACUUGAUUGCUCUGGGAAGCCAGAAGAAACAAAAACCAGAUGGCACAAAAGUGACAGAAAGAAUCAAAAUGGAAAUUCAGAAAGUGGAUGCUGUGUUUGUGGGAACAGGUGACUUGUUUGCUGCCAUGCUUCUGGCUUGGACACAUAAGCACCCAAAUAAUUUCAAGGUGGCAUGUGAAAAGACUGUGUCAGCCAUGCACCAUGUUCUUCAGAGGACUAUUGAAAGUGCUAAAGCACAAGCUGGAAAAGGGAAGAAGCCCAGUCCAGCCCAACUGGAACUGAGAAUGGUCCAAAGCAAAAUGGAUAUAGAGAAUCCAGAGAUAAUAGUGGAAGCCACUGUGUUAUAGAGAGUAUGUCCACAUUGCCCAGUAACGCACAAUGUAUUAAUGUCUUUGUUUCCCUUCCUGUAAAAAAUGUAAUGUUUGCCUGAGAGAUAUGACUUAAACUUGAUGUUUUUUCUCUCACAAAAUAGUGUCAAGUAUCAACAGAUCUUUUCUUGUGAAAAUGUGAUGGCUAUGUUUGGAUUUUAUUUUCUUGUUCAGAGAGGGAAAUACCUCUCCCCACAAUUCAUUCACUAUGUAUACUGCCCUGGAUAAUAUCACAAAGAUGUCUCUUUCAAAAUCCUCAGCAUCCAUAUUUGUUCAUGGAAUUAGUCUAGAGGGUGAGUACCAGAAGAUUGGAACUCCUUGGGGAAUGAAAGGUAGCAUGUACAAUAUUAUCACUUAGUCAUUUGCAGUGCCGAUAGAGUUGACUACCUACUGUUUCCUGACCUAAACAAUUUAAGGUCUUGGAUACAUUCAGUUUUUUAAAAAUUCUAAGAAGACUUUUUUCUUUCCACAACUUAUCUUGGACUUCACAGAAGCCAAAACAUUGGGGUGGCAGUUUUGUACUACUAGAAUAACCACCCCAUACCCCUUCCUGUUUGUGCCCUAGGAAUAAAAACAAUUCUUCCUUCUCUAAAACAUCUGAUGACCACAAAUAGUUUUCCAAGACUAAGAGAAGUCAGCCACCAUUAGGCCAGGGCUCAUUAAGUAACUGCCCACCCACAAUUAUGGUCUGUUUGCUGAAGCCAGAUUUGUUGGUGUUUCUUUGUUAAGACACCCAAGCAAAUCCUCUUUACCUAAGGAAGAGAGAAUUUGUAGUGUUUGACUUGUUAAUCAUGAGCAUCUUGAUCAGGAGUCUGAUGAUCUAAAAACACUGUGAUGGUGGAUGUAGGGCACUGACAGGUGGAGCAUGGAACACAAAGUAUUGAAAUACCUCCUUUGGGGUUUCCCCCCCUGGAAAACUAGGUUUACCUGAACAUUUCAUGGUUUGUCAUACACUCUAUAAUUACAAUGUAGCACUACUGCCAGAUAGUCACAAGAAUGUCCUACUUUCCACAUUCCUGUCAAAAGAACUCAAAACCAUGAGGCCUUAAGGCCAGCUUCCAUAUCUUCCCUUGGGCAAAGGGUCUCUUCUCAGAGCCAGCAGCAGAAUUUCAGCAGCUUGUUCUUCCCUUGUAUUGAGAUUACUAGGUAGCUCCAGGAAAGCCGUCCAUAAAUCCUUGUUUGGGAUCUCAGCUAGGAACUUACUGUCGAGAAGCUCUGCCCUCCUGAAGCCUCUUGCCCAAGAAGAGUGAUUGAGCCCACUGUUUUACCUAGGUUUAGAAGGCAGUGUUAAUGUUCUGGUGACUAGGGUAACCAGGUGAAUUACUUAUUCUGAACACCUUUGACCUGUAUCACCUGCUUAGCUUUCACCACCUACUUGUUGCAAAUUACUCACCUCUCCAUUUGUCUGUGGAGUGAUCUUUGUAGAAUUUGUGUCUGAAUCUUGUCACUUGGCUUCUAGAAAAGCUGUGUUGUCUCCACUUGACUUGCAGCCAAGCACCAUAUAUUUUGAUUAGUGAUGUUUCAGGAUGUGGCUGUUAAUUAAAGGAGAACCAAAUGUUUUCUCUUCAUAUCAUCUCACCUCCCACAAAGGAAAAUACUAUUUAAAUCAUGCUAGCAAAGCAGAGCUUAGUAGCUAACUACGGUUAUCAAAUGACAUUUUUAAAUCUUUUAAUUGUCUUCCAGAAAUGCAAAUUUAUUAACUUUUUUUCUUACAAUGAAACAAAGAGGAAUCUUUGCUUUCUGUUAAGCUAGCUUUCAUAUACCCUUUCACUUUAUCAUUUUAUGUUCAUUUUUAAAAAUCUGUUAGUUUUUUAAAGGCUGAAUCUGGGGGUGAUGCCAGAGUUGGACAUAAACCAAUUGUUUAACUCCUCUUCGCCAAUGAAGUCAUUAAUAUUGCCGUUCCUCCAUCAUGUUGAAAGUUCAGGAUUUUUUUUUUUCAUCAAGUCCACAGAUAAUAAUAAUAAACAGUGCUUCUUGAGACUUAAAAUGUUUUGUCAAAUCAGAGCUAAAGAACUAUGGAAGUGGGGCAGCUAGAUGGCGCAGUAGAUAGAGCACCGGCCCUGGAGUCAGGAGGACCUGAGUUCAAAUUUGGCCUCAGACACUUAAGACAUACUAGCUGUGUGACCCUGGGCAAGUCACUUAACCCCAAUCGCCUCACUAAAAAAAAAAAAAAAAAAAACUAUGGAAGAAUUCUGACAUAGACCUCCCAGAGAAAUUAGAACAGAAGAAGUGUCUAAAAUCAAUGUGAACUUUAGGGCUUUACAAAGUUUCACAUUAGAAACUGUUACCGAAUUUGAAUCAAAGCAAAACAGCAGUCUUUCAAAAAAAAUCCAAGACAUUGUUUUUGACCUUAGAAGCUGUGUGUACUUUGGGGCAGGGGGAAGGAUAGAGAAAUACGAAACUGAAAUGCAAUAAAUAUAUUAAAAUUUGUAGGGGUAGGAAUAUAUUUUCCUGAUCUGUGAUUUGAAAUUGUGGUGUUUUACCACUCUGACUUUUUUUUUAAGUGCAUUUUGGUUUGACAAACACUAAUGUUAAAAUUGUUUUAAAUAUCAUUUAAAUGGUAAAAUUGAGUAUUGUGUUAGGUUCUGCUUAUUUAGUAUUUUGUCUCAGAACAACAAGAUACAUUUUACUACUAAGAGCCUCUUGUAAAUUCCCCAGGCUUUGAUGUUUUUUGAAAAAAUCCAAAAUGCCAUCACUUAAUGAUUCAUUUGUCCUUAGAAACAUGAAAGAGUUUUCAGGGACAAGGGCUUUGUGCCACAACUAGUUCCUAUGCCAUAUACAUAUAUACAUACAUAUCCAUUUAUAUAUUUUUAAAAUUCUAUAUAUACUUUAAAAGUAUAGUUUGAUGGCAGAGAUCUAUGUGUUAACAUUGAGGUCACCACAUAGAAAUCAUUUUAGAAAACAAGUUUGUAUUGCUGUAACUUCAAUACUUCAUUCAUUAUGCCUACUUACUUUAAAAGAAAUUUAUUUUUCAUCAUGAAUAUAGAAAAAAAUUCACUUUGUAAUUUUUAUAUCAUUUAUGUGUGGAGCACAUCCCCCAUCAGCCUUUGAUAUGAGGAAAGGUGUCAGUUGUGGUUUCAAAUUCAAAGAUCCAUCUAUCAGUGGAAAUAAAAAUAUCCCUGGUAUGAUUUAAUAGCAAUGUGAGAAAUAGUCUCAUAUUUUUACUUGCAAAGUGAUCUAAUAUGUGAUUACAAGCUGUGAGAGUUUUAUUGGAACAGAAUUACUUGUUAAUAUUAGAGCAUCUUAAUUGUUUCUCAGUGCACUGUAAACUUUAAAGUGUUAUGUAAAGGUCAGCUAUCUUUGAUUACAUUUUUCAGUCCUUUCUCUGCUAAAAUGUUACUAAAGUAUGGCUUUACAGAAGGAUGCAAAGCUGUGGUCCAUUUUUAUUAGCUUGUCUUAAUUCAUUAUCAGGUACUACUCUGGUGAUUGUAAUGGUCUACUUUAAUUUGCAAUUUAUGUCACUAGAUUUUUAUAAAAUGAUUCUGUUUAUUAUACUAUUCAUGAAAAUUGGUUAGAGCCUAUUUUAAAAUACAUUGUUGGCGAUUUCAACAGACUAAACCAGUAUUGGUUUAAUUGAACUGAUAUGUGAGUCGGUUUUAAUUAAGGUUCUCUUAGUGCUGGGUGAAAUAGGCAAAGGGAAAGCCUACAUUGUGAUUCCUGAAGUGCCCUGAUGUAAAAUAAUAAUUAUUAAUACAUGAUUAUAAUAAAUAUAUAUAUUUA